GGGAGAGAGGGAGGUGGUGGAGGAGGAGGGAGAGGGGGUGAGAGAGGAGGUGACUCUCCGGCAGCAUUUAGACACAACGAAAGGAUCAUGGCGGAUGGCCCCAGGUGUAAGCGCAGAAAGCAGGCGAACCCGAGGAGGACCAGCGUGACCAACUACAACAAUGUGCUGGAGGCGGGCUCGGAGUCGGACGAUGAGGACAAGCUGCACAUCGUGGAGGAAGAAGGCAGCCUGGCAGACGGGGCAGACUGCGACAGCACCCUGCCAGAUGACGAGCACCCGGGCGUGCCCAGCUGGGACCCAGUGAAGGAAGACUGCGCUUCAGACGGCGAGGAUGACGUGAGCACAGACGCGCUGGUGGAGGAGAUGCUCCAGAAGGGAGACACGGCCAUUAUUUACCCGGAGGCCCCGGAGGACGAGCUUCAGCGUCAGGGCACCCCUGAUGCCAGCGUCCACGAUGAGAACGGAACCCCCGAUUCGUUCUCCCAGCUGCUCACGUGCCCGUACUGCUCACGGGGCUACAAGCGCUACAGCUCCCUGAAGGAGCACAUCAAGUACCGGCACGAGAAGACGGAGGAGAGCUUCAGCUGCCCAGAGUGCAGCUACAGCUUCGCCUACCGGGCUCAGUUAGAGCGGCAUAUGAGCGUUCAUAAGGGAGGACGGGACCAGGGGCUCCGAGAAAAACCCUACGAGUGCUCCCAUUGCAAGAAGCGCUUCUCCCACUCAGGCUCGUACAGCUCCCACAUCAGCAGUAAGAAGUGCAUCAGCGUCAUCUCAGUGAACAGCAGACAGCGCUUGGGGAGCAGCAGAAACCAGGCCCAGGGCUCAUCACCGGGGCUACCCACAUCACCGUCGGCCCGCUGUGGACAGAUUAGAGAGAAAAUGGAGCACAGUAGGCCCCUCCAGGAGCAGCUACCCCUCAACCAGAUCAAAACAGAACCUGUGGAGUAUGAGUACAAGCCGGCUGUAAUAACGCCGCCGGCAAUGGCCACUAUGAACGGUGGGGUUUUUGGCGGAGGUGCCGCCGCCCCUCUGCAGGGUACCGUACAGGCGGUGGUCCUGCCCACAGUGGGGCUGGUGUCACCGAUCAGCAUCAACCUGGCGGACCUUCAAAAUGCCCUCAAGGUGGCAGUGGAUGGUAAUGUUAUACGGCAGGUCCUGGAAAACAACGCCAAAGGCCAGGUGAAUUCAGGCCUCACAACUGGAACGCUCCACCCCCCUCAGCAGCAGCUCAUCUCAGCCAUCAGUCUACCGAUCGUCGGGCAGGAUGGGAACGCAAAACUUAUUAUUAACUACAGUUUGGACCCCAACCAGGGCCAGCUCACACCCCACAACCUGAAGAAAGAGCCCCUGUCUCCGGCUCAGAGUGCCACUGACUCUAUCAAGUCCCAGAAACUUCCAGAGGACCUCUCUGUCAGAGGCAGCAGGGACCAAGAGACAAAGCAGAAAGAGGAAAAGACCACUAAAACCUGUCUCCUCUGUGAGAACUGUCCAGGGGGGCUGGAAGCACUCCAUGCCCUUAAGCACUGCAAGAAAGAGAACCUCAGACUGAACGGGGCAGGAUUAGACAAAUCAGAGGCUGUUGCCGCUUUGCUGUCAGAAGGAGGACUCUGCAACCACCCUAAGAACCUCCUAUCGCUACUAAAGGCAUAUUUUGCCUUAAAUGCAGAGCCCUCCAAAGAGGAGUUGGUCAAGAUCUCCGACUCCGUCAGUCUGCCAGUCAAUGUGGUAAAGAAAUGGUUCGACAAAAUGCAGCAGGGACAGAUAUCACUGGGUGCCCCCACGCCUCCCUCGGAGGAGGAGGACUCAUGCGAAGCUCACAGCGUGGUGUCAUUGGUCCCGGGGAAGGAUUUGGCCGCUAUAAGCAGUUCUGUGAGCCAGGACAGCCCCACGGAGGCUACGCCAGCCGAGGUCAACGGCGCGCACAGCUCACCUGCCUCGCCCUCUCCGAUAAACCUUACAGCCGGCUGUCCCGCCCAAGCCGAUACCCCUGAGAGCACUGAGGGACCACUGGACCUGUCGCUGCCAAAGCCUGCCAGAGACGAAGCAGAGAGCAUGGUGCCCCCAGCCCGAGUUUACCCCUCUGCUUCCUCCUGCUCGACCAACGAGGAAGAACCUCUGAACUUAACUUGCACAAAGAAGGACACAUUGCCACUCUCCGCCAUGGGGGGCAGCCCCCUGGCGUUGUACGCCAACCAGCCAAGUGCCAAACCCCUGGACAUCGUAGCCACAAUGCAAUGCCUGCAAGCACUGACCACCACCAACAAUAACAGCAAACAGACUAUCCUGAUCCCCCAGCUGGCUUACACGUACACCACUACAGCUAACAGCCCUGCAGGGACAGAGACGCACGAAACCAUCCACCUCAAUGGGAUCAAGGAAGAGAGGCUGGAUCUGGGCUCGGAGGGCUUCUCGGCCCUGGAUGAGCAGAACGACUCGGACUCCGGACCGGCGAGGAAGAAGAUGAAGAAGACGGACAGCGGCAUGUACGCCUGCGACCUGU